AUGGGCACGAGGGAGGCUGUACAACGAGCUGAUGAAGAACUACUAGCGUCGCUGGGCUACAAGCAAGAGUUUCGCCGUGCUUUCACACCCAUUGAAGUAUUCGGCAUCGCGUUCUCUAUUAUCGGGCUUCUACCGUCAAUAUCAUCGGUUCUGUUCUACGCGAUACCGAAUGGAGGCGGGCCUGCUAUGACAUGGGGGUGGGCCGUCGCUAGUGUCUUCAUUCUCUUCGUGGGUAUGUCAAUGGCGGAACUUGCCAGUGCUGCACCCACUUCGGGAGGACUUUACUUCUGGACGCAUUCCCUUUCGUCGCCCCGCUGGCGCAAUUUACUAUCGUGGAUCGUGGGAUACAUGAACACCAUCGGAUCGAUAGCAUCCGUAGCCUCCAUCGACUGGGGUUGUGCUGUCCAAGUCAUGGCUGCUGCUAGGAUUGGUUCCGCAGACCAGAGUUUCGAGGCUACGAGUGCACAACUUUAUGGUGUUUACGCGGCAGUUGUCCUCAGCCACGCGGUCGUUUGUUGUCUGGGUACAACGAUCCUGGCGCGACUACAAUCGGCAUAUGUACUGCUCAAUGUCCUGUUAUGCCUUGCUGUCAUCAUCGCCCUACCCAUUGUAACUCCGGCGGAGUAUAAGAAUACCGCGCGCUUUGCCUUAUGGGAAUUCGUGAAUCUUGACGGUUGGCCCAAUGGCUACGCAUUUAUCCUGAGUUUCCUAGCGCCCCUGUGGACCAUCUGCUCUUUCGAUUCAAGUGUUCACAUUAGUGAAGAGGCUGCAAAUGCUGCGACCGCUGUUCCUUGGGCAAUUGUCAUGGCAAUCGCUAUAGCUGGAGUGCUUGGCUGGGCGAUCAAUGUGGCGCUGGCGUUCUGCAUGGGCACCGAUCUGCAGAUGCUGUAUGAUAGCGACCAGCCCAUGGCCCAGAUUUUCCUCAAUGGGUUCGGGCAAAAGGGGACUUUGGGUAUUUGGGCUAUCGUCGUUCUGGUGCAGUAUAUGAUGGGUUCUAGUAUGUUAUUAGCCGCAAGUAGGCAGACAUACGCCUUCAGCAGAGAUAAAGCGCUCCCCCUCUCAAACUGGCUUUACAGAAUGAACACCUUCACUGGAACUCCCGUGAACACCGUCUGGUUCGAUGCUGGCUGGGCCUUGAUCCUCGGACUUCUGGUUUUCGCUGGAACGGAAGCCAUCAACGCCGUAUUCUCUAUAUCAGUCAUCGCACUUUACGUCGCUUACAGCAUCCCCAUCGCCGCGCGCUUCUUAGGCGACAACGACUUUGAACCCGGUCCGUUUACUUUGGGUGUUUUCAGUUUACCGAUUGCCAUCAUAGCCGUCGCGUUCAUGACGUUCAUGAGCGUCGUGUUCAUGUUCCCUUCGACGCCGGUGACGACCGUUCAAGAUAUGAACUACGCCGUGUAUGGCGGAGUUUACUGGUUCACGGGUCCCGUUGCUACGCUCUCGGAUGCUCCGGGUAUUGACUCACAAGAGUCGUCAGAUCCUGACGACUUGAAAAAAGUCAGGUCGCGGGUCCAUACAGAACCUGUGGAGGAGGAUAGUUAA